AUGUCUACAGUUCCUCCAGGUGGUCAACGUACACUACAAAAAAGAAGACAAGCUAAAACCAAUAAGGAUAAGCAAUUGAAUCAAACUCCAACCUCCGCCAGAGCUGCUGGUGUUGACGGAUCUUCUAACUCCAUUCUAAAGAUCUAUACCGAUGAGGCUAAUGGUCUAAGAGUGGACCCAUUGGUUGUUCUAUUCCUUGCAGUCGGUUUCAUUUUCUCCGUCGUUGCUCUACAUGUUUUGACCAAGGUUACUGGUAAGAUCUUUUAA